UGUUUAUGAUCAUAUAACAAACAAAUGGGUCUGGGUCUGGGGAGUAAUCGGGGGCAAGGGUGUGUGUGGGUGCGUGUAGAAUAUCCCAUGGCUUCUCUAUCAGGAAGCAAGUGGAGACAUUUACUAAGGGAGCAAAGCACUCAAAUACACAAAAGGUCAUGAAACAUCACCGUGCUCAUCCCCCUAAGGCAUGGAAGUCUGUCAGAGAAGGAGCUGCACAAAAGAAGAGCAAGUCACAGCAGCACCCAGAAUCUUCCAGCAAAAAAGCAGAUGGAGGACAAAAACUGGGACAAGAGAAAGAGGUCACACAGCCAGCCAAGAAGAGAGAGAAGCGACAGAGGGAGCAGUCCCCUGAAGGUUCUUGGAGCACAAAAAAGGUGAAGUUGGCCCCUGGCAAAACAGCAGCCUGGCAGCCACUCCCAGACAGCAGCAUCAAUCACCUGGGAGGCAUGAUGGAUUCAGUAAUAUUAUCCAUUCUGAGUAAAUCAGUACAAGAAAAAGAUGACAUUCAAAAGCACCUCAACCUCCUGAAGGAAAGGCUUCUAAGACAUUACAAGACCCUGAAGGUGCCUAUUGGGAAGCUAAGCAACCUGAAAAAUGUGCUGAGUCUUAAGGUGGCAGAGAAACAGAAUCUCUCAUCCAAUGAAGAGGCUAUGGCCCUACUGCAGGAAGAAAUAACCACAGCUGUGCAGACAGCUGAGAACACAGACGAGAAUAUUCAGAGCCUGCAGGACAAAAUCCAGACUCUCAGGAACUGGUUGGAGGAAGCUGAGGACAAGGCUAAGAAGCUGUUCCAGAAAAAUGGGACAGGGGUCCUCAGUCUUCCAGAACUCCCAAAGCACAGCCUGACAGCACCCAUUCUGCAGGAGGAGAUUCUGAAAAUCCAAGACCAGAAAGGUAUUCUGAAGGACCUAAGCACUAUCCAGCACUCAGCUGAGAUGAAGAACAUGUUGACCCUCCUUGAACAGGCCUAUGAGAAGGUGGACUCCCUUUGAGGAAUCCAUACACGAAGUUAUGCUGAGGCAGGCUUUAUUUCAUGGUCCAGCAGGUGUUUGAUCCCGCGACAAUGUUUUUUGCUUCUAAAGACUUGCCUUCUGCAAUCACCAAGUGUCUAUUAGUCAAUCGUUUAUUAGCCAGAUAUUGGCACAAUAUAUUGAUUGUUGCCCAGUGGGACAUUAGUGACAUGCUGCUUUUUCACUGGCGUAAAGACCAGACAUAUAGAACCUAGCUCAUCCACAUAAGGGCCGCUUUUAAAUAGUGUAUAUAUUAUCUAUUAAUAAACUGGGUUAUGGCUGAUAUUUUC